GAAUGUUACAUUCCAUAUCGUAAUUUGUAUUGAAAAGCACAGCUUGCGAAUACACCACCGCUGACAUUGUUGGUUUAUAUUCAGGCAUUGAUGAGAGUAUGUGUGUAACCAUGUAAUUUAGAUUUAAGAUGCUUAAGUUGUAGGUUCAGUAGGGCGAGGAUUCUUUGAUUCACUGCCAUGUGUCAAUUAAAAGAAAUAAAGCAUGCAACCAUGGAUAUCUUGAUGAUCAAUGGGUCAUUGCAAAAGAAAUAUUUGAUAAAAAAGCCUUACGAUGGAAUACAACCGACGAGUACAAGCUAUUCUUUCCAAUAUUAUGGAAGAUAUUGGGGUGACACGGUUAACCAUUGCAAAACGACGAAGGACUUGGCUUAUGAAAGAAGCGAUACGAUCAGUAAAAGUUUCAUUGCAAAUUUACAAUGCAGCUGCAGAAACGAGAUUCAAGAGAUUUUACUUUGGAAGCCAAAGUGAGGCAACGACUACUUUAGAUAUGGGAUCAGACAUUGAUAUGCUCUAUUGUAUUGAAGGUAGUCAAGUUAUAUGCAAAAUGGGUGAUUGGAAAUAUGGCACCAGUAACUUGUUUGUUAAAAAGGACGAACACACUCCGCCACAACACUGCAACCUUUUAUUGCUGAAACUUGAAAGCCCAGAACCUGAUAGGUUCUUUUCUAGUUUAGAUGAUGCAUCUGAUGAUGCAAUAUGUUUAGACGAAGAAGGCAAUUCUUUUCUGCUCAAUAUAGUCAGCUCUUUAUAUCUUAAAGAGAUUUGCCUUCCUGACGAGCACCUGGCAAAACAUGGUCCAUCAGUUCACUGGGACCCCAAUUUUGAUUUUGUAAAAGCUUUCAACUGCCCAGCACUGCCAGAAGAAUGUAAAUACGCCUUUGCUAGGCCGCGUCCAGGGCAUUGGCCAAGUGCAAGACUGCUUGACGAAGCAAAGACUGUUGGCGCGUUUGUUGUACCUCAGUGGUAUAGCGAAACCCCAACAAAUCCGCCGAAACAUCCAAAUAGGGGACCGUGUUUGAACGAUUACUUUCAGACAGUAAAUAAAAGAGCACUACUUGAAUGGAGAUUUUCAACGUCAAACAUGGAGAGGCUUUUUGUCUUUGAUUGGAAUUUGCAACAGUUGAAGGCCUAUGUUCUAUUGAAAAUUAUUCGAAAGACAUUCCUGAAACCUGUAAUUGGGGACAGACUUAGUACGUUUCACAUGAAGACGGCUAUGAUGUUCACCAUUGAAAGCUAUCCUCCUCAUAUUUGGACGGAUGAUAACAUUUUGAACUGUGUCAGCCUUUGUCUCACAACUCUGCUCAGAUGGAUGAAGCUGAAAUACUGUCCCCAUUUCACAAUUGCUAACGUUAACUUGUUCACUGGAAAGAUUCACACACACGAGCUACCCCGAUUGAUUGAACUUAUUUCGAGCUUAGUUUCAACCCACAUGCAGUGUGUUUUUGAUAUUGAAAUGGACUACAUUGGCGAAAGACUUUUUAGCAAAGUUGCAGGCUUUCGAUGUCCGUGUCCAUCUUGGAUUCAAGCUAAUGGCUUGGUGGCAGUUUCGAUGGCAGCCGAAUACACUAGCGAAUACUUCAAAUGCUUGGUGGAGAUUAUGCACGGACUCGAGAAGAUGGACUACAGCGAAGUUGUUUUGAUGAUUCGACGGCAGACUGGUAUUUUGAAAAAGUGGUGUGACAACGGAAGCGACCUUGAAAAAGAAGCUGCUGGUGUACUUCAGCCGAUGUGGUCAACAGCAUCAAUCAGAGUAUCUAAGUGUAUGGAGCUGAAAAGAAAGAUCCCACAAAAGAUUAUGGAAAUGAAUACUUUGCGAGAUGAUCUGGGUUCAGUUCCAUGUAAACUGAAGUAUGCCUCAAUGUUCUAUUGCAGUGGUCAGUACAGCGCCGCGGCAGCGAUUUUGUCUGCUUGUGAACGAAAGCUCGCCACUGCUGGAUGGCAAAUAACACUCAUACCCGGUCGCGAAUGCAGAUUUCCUUUAGGAGGAACGCACAGCAUAUUUAUAAUGCGCUCCAACAUUGAACUUUUCCAUUCCAUCAUAGUGACGAGUGUUGUGUUUUCUCGCCACGAAAUGCAUUCUCUACCUGGACGUCUUGUAUAUGAAAUGUUCAGAACUGUUACCAACGAGGACAAGCUGGAUAGACACCCAUACACGGACAUCUGGAUGGAUUUUGCCGUGGUUGAUCCUGUCCCUUUCCUGUACUAUCUGCAGUUUCUUACAUACACUGAAAUGGGAGACGCGAACGAAAAACAAAGAGCUUUGGACAAGCUGGUUGACCAAAUCAAGUUUGAUAAUGGUCAGUUUGAAACUUUACUCAAUAUGCUUGGCCAUUGUUUAGAAUUGAACGGAGAAUACGUGGGCGCCUGGAGUCUCUACAAAGCAUCCCUGAGUCGCUUUCGUCGCAAUAACGCGACUGUGUGGCAUAUGUGCAUAUUAGUCAAUCUGCUUAUCAGCAAUUGUUUUAUCGCUAAAUAACAAAGCGUAUAUGUAUACAGUUAUAAUGAUAAGAGAAGUUUAUUGUUCAGAUCUUAACACAUGUUUCGAGUGAAGCUGGAAUCACCAAAAACAUAAUCUUUAAUUUAUUUAUUUUCGUUUGUAUUUGAAUGCCAAUUGAAAGUACACACUGCUGUUUUCAUAAUUAAAUGAGGACAAUAUAUUGUUAAUCAAAAGAGGAGACAGUGUGUACCGAAAAGUUUUACAAAGAAAAUAAUACAAAUAUGCCUGAGCUGCCUAGGCUUUUAUUUCGAACAAAUCUCAGAUUUGAACAUCAACAUGAACAACUGCUACAUAUAAUGACAAAAGUGAUUCUGGAAAUGAUAAUGAAGUAUAGAUCAGGCGUAUUCCGUUAAUGUUUAAGUGUUAAUUUGAGUAUGUGCAUGGCAUGGUAUCUCCGUGGUUUGGUGUUUCCUACCUAUGUUUGUAAUGCAUCUGUGCGCGGCAGGUUGUCUCCGCGGUUAGGUGUUCCCUACCUAUGUGUGUUAUGCAUCAGUGCGCGGCAGGUUGUCACUCUAGUUUGUUCUUCCCUAACUAUGUAUGUAAUGCAUCUGUACGCGGCGAUUUGUCACCCUAGUUUGUUAUUCCCUAACUAUGUAUGUAAUGCAUCUGUGCGCGGCAAGUUGUUUCCGUGGUUUGGUGUUCCCUACCUAUGUGUGUAAUGCAUCUGUGCGCGGGAAAUUGUCUCCGUGGUUUGAUGUUACCUACCUAUGUGUGUUUUGAUCUGUGCAUGGCAUGCUGUCUCCGUGGUUUGUUGUUCCCUACCUAUGUGUGUAAUGCAUCUGUGCUUGGCAUGCUGUCUCCGUGGUUUGGUGUUCCCUACCUAUGUGUGAAAUGCAUCUGUGCGUGACAGUUUGUCUCCGUGAUUUGGUGUUCCAUACCUUAGUGUGUAAUGCAUCUGUGCGUGGCAGGUUGUCUCCGUGGUUAGGUGUUCCCUACCUGUGUGUAAUGCAUCUGUGCGCGGCAGGUUGUCUCCGUGUGUAAUGCAUAUGUGCGUGGUAGGUUUUCUCCGUGGUUUGGUGUUCCCUACCUAUGUGUGAAAUGCAUCUGUGCGUGACAGGUUGUCUCCGUGAUUUGGUGUUCCAUACCUUAGUGUGUACUGCAUCUGUGCGUGGCAGGUUGUCUCCGUGGUUAGGUGUUCCCUACCUGUGUGUAAUGCAUCUGUGCGCGGCAGGUUGUCUCCGUGUGUAAUGCAUAUGUGCGUGGUAGGUUUUCUCCGUGGUUUGGUGUUCCCUACCCAAGUGUGUAUUGCAUCUGUGCGCAGCAGGUUGUCACCCUGGUUUGUUGUUCCCUACCUAUGUGUGUAAUGCAUCUGUGCUUGGCAAGUUGUCUCCUUAGUUUGUUGUUCCCUACCUAUGUGUGUAUUGAUCUGUGCAUGGCAGGUUGUCUCCGUGAUUUAGUGUUCCAUACCUAUGUGUGUAAUGCAUCUGUGCGUGGCAGGUUGUCUCCGUGGUUAGGUGUUCCCUACCUGUAUGUAAUGCAUCUGCGCGUGACAAGUUGUCUCCGUGCUUAGGUGUUCCUCACUUAUGUAUUUUAUGCAUCCGUGUGUAGCAAGUUGUCUCCGUUAUUAUUCGGCUCCAGAAAUGUAUCCCCAUAUUAAAUGCCAAUCGGCGGGAAAAGUGUUUUUGCUAAUUAUGAAAAUGGUCGUUUUAUUCACGUUUAUUUAAACGUAGCUCUCGGUGCAACCUUAUGUGAAGCAUGCGUUGCAAAUUCAAGGAAACAACCUUUCAGCGGGGAAUUGUUCAAAAGAGCCAAAGUUUUUAUAUAAGCACGAGAUCUGAUAUGUGCGAAUCCAUGCUCGGCGUACCAUUAAUUAGCGAUUGUUGUUAUUAAAACAAAAGUUAUUUCUACAAAACCGACUGUCUUUAGUUGUAAAAUGUAGUAGCAGGAAUUUAUUCAUAAAUCGAUACAUAAAUUUUACUCAGUUUACUUGUAUAUUUAGAAUACAACCUACAUUUUUAUCCAAUGCAAUUGCAGAUAGAUACCCAUUAAGCACUAUAGACUUAAUCAUUAGGAAUAUUAACUUUCGCAGGGGAUUAAAGGUCCGCCUUCUGCCAAUCAUCCGAUACACACUCCCUGCGUCAGAUUUUGCGUUGUAAAUGUAUCAGCCAAUGAGGUAUUCUAAGUCAGUUAGAUGACCUGAAGUAAAUUCUUAAUAAAUAAUAAUGGGUGGAGUCAUCUUACUAUUACUUGGGCUGCAAACUUUCAUUGACAAUGUACGUGGAAAAUGUUGUAACGCUGUAUGAUGAUGUGGACCAGUCAAAAUGUGUCGGGUAAUGCACCAGUCAAUUGUAACCACGCCCCCUCAAGGGUCUGGGGAAAGCGGGAGAAAUGGACCGUGUUUUUACCUUUCUUGUGGCCCCGCAGAGCCGGGUGAAUGCGGUGGUUUUGUCUUUGCGCCAAAAUAGCGGGGAAUGAUCCUAACCUAGGGUCCAUUGAGUGCGGGGGCAUUUGGCGGGCAUUUUACCAGCAGUUCGUACACGUAGAGUAGGGAUUUUACCCGGGCUUGGCUUGACCGAAAGUCAAAGUCCCCGCUAUUCCCCGGACCUUGGGGGCCGUGGUUACAAUUGACUGGUGCAUAACGCUAGUUGCACGCUGGGUUUUUAAAAGAAAUCAUGUCCAACAGUAUUCGUUCACUCUGACACUACAUUAUUGGUGUAUUUAUAUGAUAGAAGCUAGUCAUGUGUCCCUGAUGUACGCAUACCAAUGCAUGUGAAUCAUCUGU